AUGGUUCAUAAAAGAGAUUAUGAGAAAGAUGUUGUCUAUCAUUACUGUUUUCCACGUGCUGAUACCGUCCCCAAUGUGUCGCCAUUCUCAUUAAAACUUGAGACAUUCAUGAGAUUACAUAACAUUCGCUAUGAGAACGUUUAUACACUUACCAAGAGAUCCAAACAUGGUUUGUUGCCAUUUGUUGAACUAAAUGGACAAACGAUAGCCGACUCUCAGCUUAUCAUUGAGAAACUCAAAACCGUUCAUAACAUCAAGGAAUUCGAAAACCCAGAGGAAGCCGCUGUUCAUCGUGCCUUCCAAAGAAUGAUUGAGAAUCACACAUUCUUCGUUUUGAACAAAUUCAAAAUCCUUGACCGUAUUGACGAAAUGGGCAAAGCAUUCCUCAAGAAUACAGAUUUACCAAAAUACUUGAAGCCACUCGCUAAGCCAAUCCUUAAAUGGAAAUUAGUAUCAAGAGCUAAAUCCCGUCAGAACGCAGCUUUAGGAAACUAUUCUGAUGAAGACUUCAAGAUGUUAUUGAAGAAAGAUUUAGAUGCUUUCCGUGACUUCUUAGGAGAGAAGAAAUAUUUCGCAGGAAAUAAGAUAACACUGACUGACUGCUCACUUUUCGGAAUUCUAGCAUCAGCUUAUUACUUGAAGAUCGAAAAUUAUUUCAAGCAAUUAAUAAAGGUCGAUUACCCAACAAUCGUAGCAUUCUUGGAGAAUGUCAAGCAAGAACUUUGGAAAGAUGAUUUUGAGAAAAAACCUGAAGUUGUCGCUGAAGCUGAAGCAGAAGUCGCAGAAGCUGCUGCAGCUCCAAAAGAAGAGUGA